AUGCAGGCCCCUGACGCUCUUGAGGCCCUGUCGGUGUAUCCGUCGGCUCCGGGCGAUGCCCCGGACGGCAAGUACGCCGUACGCAGUGGCAAGAAGAAGCAUGUGGACUCAUCCGGCCCUGGCAUCGAAUACACCAGCUGGUUUAGGACUCCCUCCUUAGAUACCAAGACCAUUCAGCGUUUACACAGCAUUCAACUCUUCACAGAGUCUCGCGAUCAGGGCUUCUGUGAUGACAAGGCCGCUGGAAUCUGGACAUGGUUCGAGAUUGCUAUUAUGGAGAAUGCAGACGCCGUCACACCCCGAGUUAAAGAUGAUAUUCAGCUCUCGUGGUCCAGUCACAAGAACGUUCUAAGCUGUGAAGAUUUCACUUGGAAAAACAACGUGAUUGCUGUUCGGCUUUGCUCUCGUUUCCAAGGCUGGAAAUUGACGGCAAAGCGUGGUUACCUGGUCGUGGAACUGGGCGCCCCGAUUGAACGCGAGUCUCUCAACUUCGGUUCUAUUGCAGCCAAGGUCCUUGGCACGCAAGAGGCUCUCAAUGACAUCAACAAAGUCAUGUUCCCUACUCUUGAACAGCUUCCGUCCGUACCAGAUAGCCUCUUCAAAGCUGAUAUGCUCAGCACGGCCAGUGCAAACGAUCGACCCUUGCGUGUAUUGUCACUGGAUGGUGGUGGCGUGCGCGGCUUGGCGUCUUUGAUGAUCUUGAAGAGAGUUAUGGACCAGUCAUGCCCAGGACGAAAGCCUUGCGAGGUGUUCGACAUGAUCGGCGGCACCAGCACUGGAGGCUUCAUCGCAAUCAUGCUGGGUCGGCUCGAGAUGAGUGUCGAUGAUUGCAUCGCAAGCUAUGUCAAGUUCAUGGGACAAGUAUUUCCGCAAGUACAGGAAGUCAAGUCAUUUGCCGGUCUUGUCGGCCACUUCUGGCCCAGCCUUGGAACGGUUGUCAAAGUUGGGGUCAAUGGAGAGAAAUGGGACCACAGUGUCCUCGAGAAAGUCAUCAAGGAUCUCAUCAGGGAAAAGCUCAACCAGGACCCUGACUCCGUCCCUCUUCGUGACGAGAACAAUACCAACCCAUCUUGCAAGGUCUUCGUCACAGCCGUUGCCUCGCACGGCUCGAACAACCACGCACCCGUCUUGCUUCGGUCGUAUACGAAUCCUCUGCAAAUGCCUGAGCUGCCGGAUAUUAAGCUCUGGGAGGCAGCACGCGCUACAUCGGCAGCCCCGAUGUUCUUCAAGCGUCUAGAAGUCAACGGCCAGACAUUCGUUGAUGGAGGCCUUCAAGCUAAUAACCCCAUUGGCUGGCUUUGGAAUGAAGUACUUCAGGUCUUCGGCCCAGUCCGUACUACCGGCUGUUUCCUCAGUAUUGGCACUGGGACUCCCCUCAGCCAGACCUUGUCGACUGUCAAUCAUCCGAUUGACUUUACGAAUGGCCUCGCGAGUAUCGCUACCAACAGCGAGAUGGCGAAUAUUUUGUUCCGCUCUCUGAUCAACGCUUUCGCACCUCGCAGCAUGGCCAGAAAGUAUUGGCGCUUCAAUGUCGGCGAUGGACUGCCCGACUGGGUCGAAGAGGAUGGCGUUGGGAGCUGGAGGUUUCUGGCCAAGGUUGAGGAGAGUAAUGUGGGCGAGCUCGACGAUGUCGCGAUGAUCGACAUUACGAGGACGAGAGCCGAAGAUUACAUCAAGGAGCCUGGCUUUACAACGCUGCUCAAUGAGUGCGCGCCAGCUCUGGGAGGUGGAGCGUAA